CGAAGACGACGAUGACUCGCAAACGAAAUCAGCGCAACAACAUGGUGUUCGACGACUCUGACGAUGACUCUUCGCAGCAGCAACAGCAGCCAGGGAACGGUACAUCUUCGGUUGACCAAGGCGUCUCCGCGCGCUUGGCUGCGCUUGGGGACCCUCUGCCGAGGCUCGUCGCGUUCGACCUAGACUACACACUCUGGCCGCUCUGGGUCGACACGCACGUCUCUGGGCCGCUCAAGCGCCGCGGCGAAAACAUCAACAAGGUCCACGACGUCCAUGGGCAGCCUCUCUCCUUUUUUCCCCACGUCCCCGCCAUCCUGCUGCACCUGCGCAAGAAGGGCGUCGUCGUUGCGGCGGCAAGUCGGACGAGCGCGCCAACAGUGGCGCGCCAGGCCCUCAAUGGGCUCGUCCUAUUCGAUGACGAAGAGCCUGCAGCGGCUGUGCCGACACCGCGGCGGAGUCAGACGACGACGCAGCGCAAGACUGUCAAAGCCAUGUCGCUGUUCAAUCAUCUCGAAAUCUACCCUGGGUCAAAGUUGACACACUUCCAAUCGAUCAAGGCGAAUACAGGGGUGCCCUAUGAUGAGAUGGUCUUCUUCGACGAUGAGUCUCGGAAUGCAGAGGUGGGCAACCGGUUAGGUGUUCAUUUCCACCUCGUCGGGCACGAAGGCCUCGACGUCAAUGCAUUCGAGACUGCUGUGAGGCAGUGGAGAGCAAAGAGAAAGGCGAGGGAGCCAGGACAGAACAGCAACCCGGCCGACGAGCUUCUGCGGUGAUCUUCCAAUUCGACAAUCUAUUCAUUAAUGGGAGGCCCUUCCCUAUGUAAUGCAGCUAUUUGUGUACAAUUGUGUUGGUUGGUGGUAAUAGAAGACCACUUCGAAAGGUCGGGUGGUCAAAUGACAC